UAGUAAAACACAUAAAUGCAAUUUUUCCACAGCGAUGAUCAACCAGGACGACGCCGCCUUCCUAGCCGAAUUGACGGGUUUCCUGGACGACUAUGAGGCGCCGAUAGAGAUUCAUGAGCCAGACCUCGCUAGCAAUCUCUUAUUGGACAGUGACCAGCUCUUAGUGGAGACUGAGGCCCUGCUACUUUCUUCAAACGAAUAUCCUACCGAACCUGCUCAUGCAGAGCUUUCAACGGUUGAGCGAGUGAGGAAGAUGAAAAACGCACAAGCGGCCAAGAGGCGACUCAAGUACCGGAAGAAGCUCCGAAGCGAGCGAGAAACGUUAGAGGAUGAAGAGAAACUUCUAUCGGAGGAGUUGGAAGAGCUUCAGCGGGCUCGAAAGCGAGCGAAAGCGCUUGGGGAUAAAACGUUAGCAACGUCCACGUGGAGAGCAAUCGCCAUUAGACAGAAGGAGGGCCGAUUGGUAGCUGAAGAGCAGCAACGGCGACUGCAAAAUGCCGUAGAGAAUCGAGCUAAAGCGAUCGAGGAGAUCGCUCGGAUGAUACGAGACGACAUGAAAGGGUCAAAGCAUACAGCAAACAUUGAGAUGGACAAGCGGAGUCUCCUCAAACUCAAUGCGGACGAUACAGUACUCUUUGAUGAAUUUUUAGAUGAUUUGGAGGUCAUGUAUCCGCGAACUGAUGAGGUUUUUCAAGCUUGCGGAGCUGAGGAGAAGCCGACAAUGUCGUACAGAUUGGGACCACACCGAAAACGAGAGGGAGACGUGGAAUAUAUUGACAACUUGGACGUAUUACUGAUCCCCUUCAGCUUCGAGCAGACGUGUGACACGAUGUGGCAGUCCAUGACUCGCUUGUAUCGACAGAGAGACUGGUAUCACUACAACGUGACUGACCCAGAAAAUACGUUGGCAGUCAAGUCGCACGUGCAAGUAGCGAGAGAGUCUGGAGAAUCAGUGCAAAUGAUUGUGCACUGUGUAAUGCGCAGGGUUUUAGAGAAAGAGCGAAUGGUUGUUGUGUGGCGAGCGCUGUCUGAGGGCGAAGGAGAGUUUAGUGGGAUUCAUUCGGAUGAAACUGGAUGGUGUAUUGUGCGUCCGAAUGACUCGGACGAACCGCUGUUGCGGGUCGUCAUGCAGACUUUUGUUCGGUUUAUCCCAAUGGAUGUCUCGAAUACACCAAGCAAUGACGUGGGUGGAUACCAGUUUACUAAGUUUGUCGUGUCUUCAGUCGAGGAAGACGGUGCCGAGAUUGCACGAAUGAUGGACUCUUUACUUCUUGAAGACUUACGCUCAUGAAAGAAAAACAACGGCGUUAAUCCGUUCACGUGGAAAAAGUGAAUUUUGAAAUUAAAUAGGUUUUCUACUUCUGAAGCAAUAGAAUAUUUGUUGCUGCGCUGUUACCUCCUUUCUGAUCAGCAGCCAAAAUCUAGAUCGCUUUUCUAUUGCUUCGAAGUAUUUGAACAACGCCUGGUAGAGUAAUACAACUUCAAAUUUGGUGCAAAUCCAAAUGUUAACAUUUUCUACUGGCCUCAACGCGUCAGUGUGAAUAAUAAAAACAACUAUAUG